GUUCCGACUCCUUAGUGAAUGAGGGUUGAGGAAAAGGAUAUGAACCAUAACCAUGUAGGCUACGGCAUUAUGUAUCAGGGGAGGUCUGAAAGGGGACAGUUUGUAGGCUACGCUCACUGCGCAGUCAACAGCGGUCGGAGCUGGCAAAAGGCAAGAUAAACCCUUGCCUGUUUCUUUGAGAUAACGAUGUCCGGUUUACUUUUGCACGGGUAAAAUAAAGGAGCAAACCUCAUCCAGGACCUCAUCAAGACGCGCUAAGAGAAGUGCCCUGCCCUCCCUAUGUGUCUGACUCAGCUGUCACGUUCAAUAUUUGCUGACAGACAGAAAGAAAGAAGGUGAUACGAAGAUAUCAAAAGCAGCGCACCAAAGCAACAGAUGAAUUGGAUGGAUGACUUUCCCUUUCCUCCAAGCAACAGUUAAUUCCAGGAGGAAAAUUGAGUAGCCUAACCAUGGGGCGCUACAGCGGAAAAACAUGUCGCUUAAUUUUCAUGCUUGUCCUCACUGUCAUAUUCUUCGUGGCCGAGAUCGUCGCCGGGUACAUGGGGAACUCUAUAGCACUUGUAUCAGACUCCUUCAACAUGCUGUCGGACAUUCUGUCUUUAUGCGUGGGCUUGACGGCCUCGUGGGUGUCGCGUCGUGCCGGAUCAGGGCGCUCCACAUACGGUUGGGUCCGGGCUGAGGUGGUUGGUGCUCUGGCCAACGCCGUUUUCUUGGCCGCCCUGUGCUUUUCUGUUUCGGUGGAGGCGAUGAAACGACUUGCCCGGCCAGAGGCCAUUGACGAUCCUAAACUGGUUCUCGUGGUCGGCGCCCUAGGGCUUGCUGUUAACAUUGUUGGGCUGUUAAUUUUCCAGGACUGCCGUAGUUGCUGCUGCUUGGGCUCCCGGAUGAAGAGAGCCCAUGAAUCAACCAAAUCAGACGGGGGAUGUGAGAUGAACGGCGAGGCAGGUACCACAGUUCUAACUGAUGAGAGUGAGCUGCCACAGAAAGAGGGGCAGCCCCUCAAUAUCAGAGGUGUGCUGCUUCACGUUCUAAAUGAUGCGCUGGGCUCCGUGGUGGUAGUGGUGGCCUCGGCCCUGUUCUACGUGUGGCCCCUGGACCCUGGGGCCAAGUGUAACUGGCAGUGCUACGUGGACCCCAGCCUCACUCUCAUCAUGGUGGUCAUCAUCAUGUCCUCUGCUGCCCCGCUGCUUAAGGAGACAACCACCAUGCUGCUGCAGAUGUGCCCGGCUGACCUGCCUCUGGCUGCGCUCGUGGAUGAAGUGUGCCUACUUCCUGGUGUGCUGGGCAUUCAUGAUGUCCAUGUGUGGGAAUUAUGCAAGGGCCGGCUUGUGGCCACCCUCCACGUGCACUGUUCUCCUGAACUCCAGGGCGGCGUUGCCGCCUUUACCUCCCUCUCCCGUCAGAUACGCCAAAUCUUCCACCAGGCUGGGGUGCACAGCCUCACCCUCCAGCCCGAGUUUGGUGAGCCCAGCCGGGAAGGGGCGCCUGGCGCAGCCACUUGUCUGGAACCCUCCUGCCAGAAGCUGUCCUGCUGCCCGCACGCCACCCGACAACAGACUGCCGUGAGCCAGAGCAAUGGGCACCCUCUGCUGCCCCUCACAGAGGUGUCCGUGGACGAGCCUGACAGCACCAGCACCAGCACCUUGCUGAGGGAACGGGCAGGAGCGAGCAAGACCGUCCAAAGCACAGAGUUUUAGAGCUACUCCAUCGCUGAGGGUAGAAGAUGCUGCUCCAGAGUUGACACACGCUUCAUUCCUACUGUAGUGAGACUGAGGAGUACUGAACAACUGGCUCUUUCUUUUGAAAGAUGUCCAUGGACUGAGGAUCAAAAGGACCAUAUGCCUGUAGGACAAUCUGUACAUUUGAAUAGUUCAAAUGGCCAAUGUGUAUGUUUGGACCAAAUAUGUACUGUACAAAUGUGCCUUCCCUUUCUCAACUGUCUGCCAGACAAGCUAUUCAGGGUUUAGCGCGCACACACACACACACACGUAAUUAUGCCAGUGAUCAAUUUCAUUUAUGAUGCACUUUUGCACCUGUUAAUUAGGCUACUCUCAUUUCCUAUCACAGGCUCUGAUAAAUUAAUCAAUUGAAUCAGUCAGUACCCGUAAUCUUUGCACUGUAACUUUGAGAGGGUAGUGAGUUCAUGGGUAAAGGUGAGGGUGAGUUACUAGGAUAAAUGCUACUUCCCAUUGAUUGAUAGACUGAUGAUUUUUGAGCAACAAAAAUUAUACUGAAUAUGAUGCACUGUUUAGAUAUGUACUGUAUUAGGUAGAUGUCACAGCAAAUGUGACUUGUUUUUGUCUAAUAAUCAUUCAGUGAAAUUAGUAUUCUCAUAAGCCUUCCUGCCUUAUGUGUAUUGAAAUGCAUUAGUCAGUUCCAUGACUGAAGUUAUAUCCAAACAUAACUGUCUCAGUCCAUAAUGCAAGUCUUGAUGUCAGGUCUGAGAGAAGAGUAAGGAACUGUAUGUGUCAUGGUGCUUUGGCCAGUAGAUGGCACUAGAACAAAAACAUUGCGGGACCACGCAGCCUGAUGCAGCGAUUGAAUAUGGUUGUACUGUAUGUAUUUAUGGUUGUACAAAAUGCUGUCUACAUGUCAUUCCACAAUGUAAUCCCAAAAACAGUUUUAUGAGUAAAAUAUCUCAAGUGAUUUAA